AUGAAUGGUAAUUCACCUUUGCAUCAAGCUGCAAGUAGUGGAAAAGAGAAUAUGGUUAAAGCGUUGAUAGGUCUUGGAGCCAAUGUGGCAGCUGUUAAUAUGGAGGGUAAUUCAUCUUUGCAUCAAGCUGCAAGUAGUGGAAAAGAGAAUGUGGUUAAAGCGUUGAUAGGUCUUGGAGCCAAUGUGGCAGCUGUUAAUAUGGAGGGUAAUUCACCUUUGCAUCAAGCUGCAAGUAGUGGAAAAGAGAAUGUGGUUAAAGCGUUGAUAGGUCUUGGAGCCAAUGUGGCAGCUGUUAAUAUGGAGGGUAAUUCACCUUUGCAUCAAGCUGCAAGUAGUGGAAAAGAGAAUGUGGUUAAAGCGUUGAUAGGUCUUGGAGCCAAUGUGGCAGCUGUUAAUAUGGAGGGACGAACUCCUCUUCAUGAUGCAGUAAUAAAAGGAAAUAUAAAUCUCACAGAUCUUCUGAUCAGGAAUAACGCUGAUGUGAAGGCUACUGACAAUAUGGGAAGAACUCCUCUUCAUGAUGCAGCAAUGAAAGGAAAUGCACAACUCAUAGAUCUUUUGAUCAGGAAUAACGCUGAAGUGAAUGCUACUGACAAUGUGGUAUGUUAUUACAUACAUUGA